AGAAUGUUUUUAAAUGGCAGCCCAGUGACCCAGGCUGGCUCGGCAGACUUGUUUGGUUUAGCCAACCGUGUUUUAAAUGCUUGAUGCAACAUUUUUAAGUUGGGAGAGUUCACAUAAAAAUGCAGAUUUGGGGGGCUCUCUUGGAAUAGAUGUGGCAAUACUGGACCUGCCUUUCCCACACAGCACUUAACUGCCUGAAGCUGUGACAGCUGCCUGCUUUAGAUGCACCACGUUCCACCCAGUCUGCCACCCCCAACCCCACCCCCCCACUGGCAGCAGGUGCAGAUGUGGGCACCUGUAGCCCGGAUGACAGGGCCUGGGAUCUGGCUGGCUCCUGAAGGAACCUGUGACCUCAAAAUACAUGAACACCCACCCGAGGGCGAUGCUCAUCCCAUCGUUUAUUCUGAUUUUUAGCAGCUUGGUGAGAUGAGAAUUGUCUCCAUCUUCUAAGAGGAUGCAAGGAGGUGUCCCAUGAACCCCUAGGAUCUCAGCAGGAAUUCAAACCCAAGUCGGCCUGCCUGGAAGCCUGGGCUUUUGUUCUUAGCCAGACUGUCUCCACUGCCACUGACUGCCAAGCUCUCCGUGUGUCUGAAGGACGUUGUGACUUCCUUGUUACGUCACCCACUCAGUCACAGUUGGGCUGAGAGCAGAGUGUGGCCCGGCCCCCCAGGUCCCCAGGGCAGCCCUGCCAGCCCGGCACAGGCAGGCCCGGCUUAGCCACACGCGCACCAUGAAGUACCCGCUGGUGCCACUGGUGGACGACCUCACGUUUUCUUUCCUGGUGUUCUGGCUCUGCCUGCCCGUGGGCUUGCUGUUGGUCUUGCUGAUCGUCUGGCUACGCUUCUUACUUAGCCAAGAUUCAGAGGAAGACGACUCAGAUUUAUGCUAGUGGGAGCCCUGGAGCAAAGGCCCAGCCCAGUUUUGCUGGGAGGGGACACUGUAUAGCCAAGAGGAGGAGGAGCCCUGCUGGUGAGCCUUUUCAGCCAGAGCCAACCUUCCAUGUUUCUCCAGCCUGGUUUUCCUGGAGUCAGCAGGGCGGUGGCAGUGGCCAAGGUGGAUGGGAGAGACCCACUGGGGAGGGAAGAAGCCUGCCAAGGGAGGCUCUUCCCUGGGAUCCCCGACUCAUCUCCUCCAUCAGUGGACACACAAAAGCCUCCAAAGGACCCUGCUCUUCGCCCACUACAGAC